ACUGAAUUCAGGGGAAAUUACGCCAGUACGUCUUUACGUCAUGACGCACCGUCAGCUGUUGACAGACGGAGGCUCUCAGGUUUCGACCUCCGGCUACUCUUCUGUCUGAUGCACUCUCUGAGUGUGCUCGCUGUCAUUGAAGUCGCUGUGAAACCCACAUGGUGUUCGUGGACCUGUCGGUAACGGAACAUAUGCUACCAUGAGCGCUUUGUGUCGCCUGCUUCGGACGGGACUGCUGAGCGGUCGGCCGYCGUGCUGUUUUCUCCCCGGACAGCUGGAUGUGUGCGGUGGGGUGGCUCUCCCGGUUCGGACGGCCAGCUCCUCCAGUCCUGUGAACCUGACUUACGACGUCUUCGACGGGAAAGGAGAGAGCACUCCCCUGGUGUUCCUGCACGGCCUUUUUGGCAGUAAAUCUAACUUCCACUCCAUAGCGAAGUCCUUGGUGCAGCGCACAGGCCGAAAGGUGUUGACUGUAGAUGCCCGGAACCACGGAAACAGCCCUCACACCCCUGAGCUGACCUAUGAGGCAAUGGCCAACGAUCUGAAGCACCUCCUCGGCCAGCUGCAUAUUGACAAGUGCGUCCUCAUCGGCCACAGCAUGGGGGGGAAAACCGCCAUGACCACCGCUCUGACACAGCCGAGUUUAGUGGAGGGGUUGGUGGUCGUGGACAUCAGCCCCGCCCAGUCCGCCACACGCACCAACUUCCGCUUCUACAUCCAGGCCAUGCAGGAGAUGACGAUCUCCUCCGACAUCCCUCGUUCCACCGCCAAGCGGAUGGCUGAGGAUCAGCUGCGCCCUUUGGUGAAGGAGCACUCGGUGCGUCAGUUCCUGCUCACCAACCUGGUGGAGCAGAACGGACACUACAGCUGGAGGGUCAACCUGGAGUCCAUCGCAGCACACCUGGAUGAAAUCCUGAGUUUCCCCAGCUUUGACACCGUCUACAACGGACCAACGCUGUUUCUGGGUGGAGCCAGCUCAGCUUAUAUCAGCUCGGAGGAUUACCCUGAAAUCCAGAGGCUGUUCCCCAACGCGGACAUCCAGUACAUCCCCGAUGCCAGCCACUGGAUCCACGCCGACAAACCCUUAGAUUUCAUCAGCUCCAUCAUCUCCUUCCUUCAGUCUUAGCUGCCUCCAUCACGUAACACACCCCCCCACCCCACCCCCAAAACUUUACAACUCCCAGCCUCUCUGAGCGUCCACCCCACCCCCUCGCUGAGAAGGCGAGUAUUUCGUCAGCUUCGAGGCGAGGCGAGAGGUGGGUCAUUGUUGAUGAAACACUGGACCAAACUCACCUUCUAACAUGAACAGUUAGUGUAGUAUCAGCUUAUCUGUUGUUUCAUUUCUCCCCCUGACACCGAGUGUUUCUAGAUGUUUUUGUGUUGAUUUUUAUUUAAAGUAGACAAAAAGAAAACUCUCACAGUUUAAUACAAUGGGGCUGUUUUUGGAGGUGUUGUACUAACCCAAAGAGACUCUCAUUUGCACUGUCCUGUCUUUAUGUUCACACUUUUAGGUCAAGACAAAAGCAGCUGUGCGUUAAUCUGGGGUUGGUAAAGUUGUGACAUGUUUUAAGCUUUUAUUGUGAAAGAGCGAGUUCAGUGUAAGUCGAGUGUGGGGGUGUACACAUAGUGUUACAGCUGUAGGUUUGAUGAUGUUUUGGAGAUGAUGGUUGUAGAUUGGUCAGUAUUUUUAUUGUUUAUUUAGCUUCCCCGUGUGUCAGGCGUGAGGKUUUACUGCUUAUAUUUUUAAGCCAACCAAGCUAAAACUCUCCAAUGCAGUAUUACCACAAACUGUUUAGUGACUACUCCAGGUGACUUGCUAAUUAAUAUAUUCUCCUGAUAUGAUUUUGUGUCUGGCAACAAGCCGUGGUGAUGUUGUGUGUUUGUAAUUGGUCAGUCCUUUCAGUGGUUGUUAAAUUGAUGUUUUACCAAUUUAACCUGUGUAUCACUUAUCCUUACAAAUAAGGCCCAAGGCUAUAUGGGUGUAUAAUAUGCUGCCACAAUGUAAGAAAGUAUCUAACCUUUAUAAUCAUUUCAGUCCAUGACGGUUAAGUUUGGUCUAAUAGUAAAACUGCCAAUUGUAUAAAGAAAAAGCAGGGUGUCGUUCAGUUGUACGUGCCUCUUUUAUCGAGAACUCCUUUCUUUUUUUUUCCAUUUCUGUCCAAACUUUAGGAACAGCUUUUAUUCUACAAUAAUAUUCUGUAGAUUUUAGAUUGGCAGCUGGGUUGCCAGUUCUGCGCGAGGCACUAAAUUUUUACUGCAAAUAUUGUUUUACGUUUGAUGUGAAUAGAGAUUUAAGAAUUAGUUCAGUGAYGCUUCGUUUUUUCAUUGUGAGGCUCUGGUUAGAGGAGAGCCACCUCUUCAUCCUCACCCACCCCCACCCCCUCCUCCUGCAGGACUGACCUGUCUUGCGGUACGUUAUGUAUAGUGGGAGGUGGCGGGUAUUAGUGACACUUGAAUGCAGGUCUUGUUUCAGCUUCUGAGGAGUUGCAGUGAAACUCUUGACCAACACAGAGUAGUUUGAUGACUGUAAGCAGUGGUGGGCAUAGCUGAUCAAAAUCUUAGCUUUAACAUCUACACUUCCUUAGUUCCACUAAUGACAAAAAGCUAAAUAUAUAUAAAAUUGACAGAAGCUAAAGCACUAAUAUUUAUCAUAUUUGCAUCUCGUGUCAACUCGAACAGCCUGCAGUGGCUUUCAGGAUUUUAUCUUUGAACACAAAAGCCUCAGACGUCUCAGUUUUAAAGUCCUUAACUUCAUCACAGACAUCAAAACAAACUCAAAUGUGUAAUGUGACAAAAUAUAAGUCAACGCAACCCAAACUGUGUCACGGAUCACGGAUAAAAAUGUUAUUUUUAGAGGUGAGUUUUGAGAAAAAUUGGUUUUAGUUAAGCCAAGAGGCGGAGCUACAACUGCUGACGAAAAAAACAGGAAGUGACAAAUUACAGCCUUUGAAAUCGUGUUA